AUGGCACGAUCAAGCGUCGAAGCGUCGGAAGAUUGGGAAAAUUAUCCCCGGAAUCUCAUUCAGCACAGUUUCUAUGUUGACGAAAACAAAUGCAACGUACGGCUGACACAAGACUCGGAGCGUCUUUUUGUGCCUGAAAAAGAUAGCGAAGUGUGGGUAUUUGACGUUGGAGAACCUUUUAAAGGAAUCGGUAAUGGUGACGGCGAAGAGAGAGCUGUGGAACUCUUCAAAAUUAAAGGAUCUCCUCAACUAAGCUCGUUUCUCAAGACGAGACGCCAAACCGUUGUCAUUUCAAUCCGUCAAAGUUUUUCCUGGAGUCGAUUGAAGAUUUCCGAAGAAGGACUAAAACGACUCUUCACGAACCUGCGCGUGCAUCCAAAUUUUCUUGAUGUUGUACACGUAUUCGGCGAGAAAACAGAGCCAGUGGAGGAGACGUUCCUGACCUUCUUCUACCAUCCGAUAUUCCAGAGGCCAAUUGUGCAGAUUGAGGAUGUACCGGAUUACGGAGGCUAUGAGAUUGGGUAUAACAUUAAAUACGUUGCUGGACACGGCAGACCGUUCCUCAAGGAUCCCUACGUGAUCAGAGAAACCGGCAUAUACCAGAAAUUCUGGAACACUAGUGCGUCGAAACAAGGCUGCAACUGGGUGCUUAUCCAUGCCUCUGAUGCCUUGGAAGAACGGGCCAAAAAUCUCUUCAAGAGCCCUUGGAAGACUGCUUGCCCCGUCCAGUUCCAGAUGCAUGUCAUGAUCCUUCUCUUCGUCUCGGAUACGUGGAGGCCUUUCAUUAGCUUUAACGAAGAGCUGUUUUGGAAAUUGCGACAACGUGGGUUCUUGACCGACAUAAAAGGCCCAAAAUCCACUGGAGAUUUUGAAGCAGAUUUCACAGACGUACGAAGUCUGCAAGCACUGACCGAUAAGAUGCGUCAAAUCUCUCACACACUAGGACUAAACAUCCAAUUGGCAACGCAACUAAAAGCCUCUAUAAAUCGCGUUCGACAAAUGCCAAUACCGGACGCUCUCCCAUUGGAAUGCUUCGAAGAAUUCGAUUCACAUAUUGACUUCUUCAUCUUUCAGCAAAAGACACAUUCCGCGCGAGUCGAAUGCUUGAUCGCUAGAGCACAGGGUGUUUCCACGCUAAUCCAAAACAUACUCGAUAUUCGAAACGCCGACAACAACAACAGACUUAACCAUGCCGUUCAUGAUAUAGCAGAGCAGGGAAUCAAAGAAAACCAGCUCAUCAAGAGAAUCACUCGUCAAUCAAUGCUUGAUACCAAAUCAAUGGUGGUCAUAGCAUUUGUGUCCGCUGUCUUCCUCCCAGCAACAUUCAUCGCGACACUUUUUGGGUCCAACUUCUUUGGCUUCGUGUCUGCCGGAGACCAUCACAUGAUUGCGGUCGCGGAUAACGUAUGGAUCUACAUUGUGACCGCUCUGGGAACUUCGGGACUGACAGUAUUAAUUUCUGGUUGGUGGUGGAGAAAAACGAGAAAUGAAACCGAUCAAUCGAAGAACGACGACGAGUGCUUCAUGUGAAACAUUCAUGUACCGCAGAUAAGCAUACUGGCAGGACUUUCCCAACGGAUGCUGUUCGGAGGAGGCAUGUCGGAUUGGUGCUGACAUCGACUACGAUUAAAACCCCCAAUUUUUGUUCACGGUCUUGGGGAGAAUGUUUCAGUUUGGUACAGUGCUCGGAGAAAUGUGACGAGUUCAGUACUGGAGGUCGGCAUGAAACAUAUGGAUCCAACACAGAUAGACUUAUACUUUGCGAGG